GACACAAAGUAGCGAGAGGGGCGGGGCCGCCUGCGCUGCCGCCUGCACCGGCCGGAGGUACCGGUUGUAGCGGCUCCGCGGUACCGGUCCCCGUCCCCGCUCGCUCCCGGCCCGCUGGGACCCCGGCCCGGCCAUGCUGGCCGCAGCAUGGCCCCCGCGGAGCAGGACGCGCUGGCCCUGCGGGAGCAGCUCUUCCACGAGCGGGUCCGCGAGUGCAUCAUUUGUGCCCUGCUCUUCGCCAGCCUCUACAUCCUCUGCCACUUCGUCAUAACCCACUUCAAGAAGCACACAGACUUCGCAGCAGUUCACGAUGAUGAGGAUGCUGCUGUCAACAGGAUUGCGCUGGGGCUGUGCACCUUCACCCUGGCCGUGGCGCUGGGCGCCGUGCUCCUGCUGCCCUUCUCCAUCAUCAGCAACGAAGUGCUGCUCUCCUUCCCCCAGAAUUACUACAUCCAGUGGCUGAAUGGCUCCCUCGUGCACGGCCUCUGGAACUUGGUUUUCCUCUUCUCCAAUCUCUCCCUCGUCUUCCUCAUGCCUUUCGCCUACUUCUUCACCGAGUCAGAGGGCUUUGCGGGGUCCAAGAAGGGCAUCAUGGCCCGGGUGUACGAGACGUCGGUGGUGCUGUUGCUGCUGACGCUGCUGGUGCUGGGCAUGGUCUGGGUGGCCUCCGCCAUGGUCGGCAACGACGCCGCCAGCCGCCAGUCGCUCUACGACCUCUGGGAGUACUACCUGCCCUACCUCUACUCUUGCAUCUCGCUCUUUGGCGUCCUGCUUCUGCUCUUGUGCACGCCCUUCGGCCUCUCCACCAUGUUCACCGUCACCGGGAAGCUGCUGGUGAAGCCCCGGCUCCUGGAAGACCUGGAUGAGCAGUUGAGCUGCACGAGGCUGGAGGAAGCCGCUGUGUUCCGCAGGAUCUCCUCAGGCAAAGCUUCCUGCUGGCUGAACGUGAACGUAGAGCUGCUGCGGGAGCAGUUCUUCAGCAUCCAGAGCGAGAGGCGGAAGCUGGAGCUGCGGCACCGAGCGUCGCCAUGGCAGAGGAACCUGGGCUACCCGCUGGCCAUGCUGGGCCUCCUGGCGCUGACGGGCAUCUCUGUGCUCAUCGUCUGCUUCCAUGUCUUGGAGCUGCUGUUGGAUGACGCUGCGAUGCCGCGGGGCAUCCAGGAUGCAUCCCUAGGCCAGGUCUCUUUCUCCAUCUUCGGUUCCUUUGGAGCUGCCCUGCAGGUCGUCCUCAUCUUCUACCUGAUGCUUUCCUCCGUCGUGGGCUUCUACAGCUCCCCCCUUUUCACCCGCCUGCUCCCCGAGCGGCGCGACACCCCCCUCACCAAGAUCAUCGGGAACUGCGUCUCCUUGCUGGUGCUCAGCUCAGCGCUCCCCGUCUUCUCCAGGACGCUCGGGAUCACCCGUUUCGACCUCCUGGGGGAUUUUGGCCGCUUCAACUGGCUGGGGAACUUCUACAUCGUCUUCCUCUACAACAUGGGCUUCGCGGGGCUCACCACGCUCUGCCUGGUGAAACGCUUCUCCUGGGCUGUCCAGGCUGAGCUCAUCCGCGCCUUGGGUCUGCACAAGCUGCCGCUGCCCGUGACGCGCUGCCAGCCCUGCUAGGGCUUGGGGACAGAGAGGGGGGGACACAUCCCUCCCCAUCCAUGGUGCCCCCAGGAUGGGGCUACCAGCCACAGAGCCACCUUUGGGGGGGCUUCAGGGACAUUGGAGCCCCCCCAAAAACCCCGCGGUGGGGUGCGAGUUCUUUGCCCCUCUGCCGUGGGUCCAUCUCAAGCUGUUGCGCUACUGAGCCUUGGCCUCGAGCCGUGCCCCUGUUGUGCCCCCCCCGGGUCCCCUGGGGGCUGCGCUGGCUGCAACCCCCCCCUCCCCAUUGAAAUACCUCAUGCAAGAGCAGCAGGGACCCCCCCCCUACCUCCAAGCCCUGCAGAUAUUCCCUGGGGUGCGGAUGGAUUGUAGACAUCCACCCCCAAGG